AUGCCGCCUUUACCUCGCACCAAAUCUCAGUGGGUGGCACUGAAGCCGAUAAUCUACCACUUGUACAUCUCCGAACACAUGACACUUCAUCAAGUCCUCGAAGUUCUUUCACGCGAGUCCGAGAUUCGAAUUUCACCUGCAUCGCUCAAACGGAAGAUUAAGGAAUGGGGAAUGAGGAAGAACUGCACAAAUGAAGAGAUGGCUCACAUCCUCCACAUAGUGAGCAAGGAGAGCCCAGCAUUGAUUUCCAAGCGACAGUCGGACAAGCUGUUGGAUUUUCGAGUCAAUGUCAAUGGACAAUCGAAAAAUGUCCGCCUGUCACAAAUCAAGCGCUAUCGGAGGCGCCGCUACGCAUCUAGACAAAGCGACUAUCUUGGAGAGAAUCCAACCAUCCAGCGGUAUGUACAAGGAGAUACAGCUGACUCGCAAUCAUGCCUACCCCUUACUCCGAUCGGCAAUGAUCACGUCGACUGGUCUGGCAAUCCAGGCAGCACUGAUGAAUCUUCACAGGUGCUGCCAGCCUUGCAACUUGCCGAGCCGUGCCAUCCGCUAGAGUCCUCUUUCUACGAGCUGGACUUUUCCCUUGGAUCGCACUUUUCCUCUUCCGACUGGUCGUUCUUUGGACCCAAACCAGCAGAAUUAGACUUGCCCGAGCCGUGGUUUGAUACUGUCCCAAGUCUAGACUGUGGUUCUGAUGGAUUUAUUAGGCGGCUACGCCGUACUCUUGGCAGUCCUGGUGUUGCUACUGAUGCUGCGUGCGAGCAUCAACAGAAAUUCUUUGCGUGUCCUUACGCAGCCAGCACCAACAACCGUAUCUCGCCUUCAAGAAGAGUUGAAACCAAGUGUUCAGCAAUUAAACUGCAGACGAUCUCUUCAUUGAUGCAUCAUCUAUUCAAGGUUCAUGUCUACCCAGAUCAUUUUUGCCAGCGCUGUUUUGAAGUUUUUCUCGAUGCUAGUCAGCUGAGCUCUCACAAGGCUAAAUGCGACAAGCCCAGGAAAGUUAACCCUUUCCGCGAUAGCAUGUCACCCGAGGAAAACCGACUCAUCAGGCUUUUGGUGAGCAACCGACGCCCAGAAGAAGCAUGGUUUGCAAUCUUUGGAGUCUUGUUCCCAACACACCCUGGACCGAUCUCGCCCUAUGCGGGCAACAGCAGUUUCGCGAGCAUUGAUGAGUUGCUUGCGCUCUUGAUGCAACAACUCCACGGCCAGUUGCAACUCAUUUUCAGUGAGAAAUUGAACACAUCUAUGAUUAUGGAUGGCGCUACCAAAGCACGCCUGGAGGAGAUCCACAAUUCUACGAUCCUUGAAGCAUUUUCAACUCUGGGAUCUGACUGCAUGAGGCAUUCAGUUCACUCAGAUUUGCAUUGUCCCUCAACACAGAAGGCAGUGCAACUGGCCACUUCAACACCACUCCACAUGGGCGGUCUGAACUUUUCACAUCAUGCAUACUCAGUAUUGCAAAGCCAGGCCGAUUUCGACGCACUGAUUCCAGGUCUCGAGCAGCCAUUCGAACCUCUGGGCUGCGACGCAGCGGACGCUCUGUUGCUCACACAAUUCUCUAGCUGGCAUCCCAGUUCAUGGUAG